GCGACUUCAUUUUGUUUCAGAACAGACAUAAUGCACCGGCCUUCUGUGCCGUUUGCGUGUUUUUACUUGAUCCCCCUGAUACCACGAAGUGUUGAUAUUUUCGGGCGGGCGGCGCGAGAGUUGAACUCGUUAGCACACGCCUCGGCUGCGUCUCCCCCAGCCGCCGCUCAGAUGACACUAAACCACUUGGCCCCACCUUGUUCAAGCGGCAGACGUCAGAUCUCCGCACAUAAUUUCCAAGCUGCGUCGCUGGCAGAAGUUCGGCAUGCCCGCCGCGGGAGAUGGCCUCCGAGGCUAGCGCGCUGGAGGAGCUGCACAGCGAGCUCACCUGCCCGGUGUGCCUGGAACUGUUCCGCGAGCCCGUGAUCCUGGAGUGCGGACACCACUUCUGCCGCCAGUGCAUAACUCAGUGCUGGGACGCCAAGCCGGAGGAGAACCCUACGUGUCCGCAGUGUCGGAAGACAUGCACCCUGAAACUCCGUCCCAACUCGCUCUUGUGCAACGUCGUUGACAGCGUCAGGCGCGCCCGGGCGAUGGACACGCAGCCGAGGACACCGACGGUGUCCCGGGAGAGGACGCUGAGGCUGCCGGUCAGCGGGAGCAGCCCGGAUCUCGUCCCGGAGCCCGACCUGUGCGAGGAGCACGAGGAGAAGCUCAAGCUUUUCUGCGAGGACGACCAGGUGGCCAUCUGUCUGGUCUGCGGGAUGUCCAGGGACCACAAGACGCACAGCGUCAUCCCGAUCAACGAGGCUUUCGAGAACUACAAGGAGAAGCUCUCUGCUGCACUGCAGAGGGUGGAACUGCAGAUGGAGGAGGCCUCCUGCUCUCAGACUCUGACCAAUGAGAAGAUGAUGGAUCUAAAGGAGAAUGCUGGGACGCUGGAGGAGCAGAUCAGCUGGGAGUUUGGGCAGCUGAGGCAGUUCUUGGACAGUGAGGAAGAGGAGGCCAAGGCCCGAGUUCGCAGGGAGAAGGAGGAGAGACUGCGGCUGCUGGACCAGACACUCACACACACCACCCAGCAGAUCAGCACCCUGGAGAUCACUGCACAGCUCCUGCAGGAGAAACUGAGAGAGGAGGAGAACCCUGCACAGCUGAGGGGAAUCAGGAAUUUCAUCAGCAGCGCUGAGACGCUGUUCCAGCGCCCCCUGGAGGUCUCCACGGACCUGCAGGCUGGCGAGUUUGUGGGGCCCCUGCAGUACCGGCUCUGGAGGAAGAUGAGCUCCAUCCUCAAUCCAGCUCCCGCCCCCGUGACCCUUGACCCCGACACGGCGUACCCGCGGCUGGCGGUGUCUCCCUGCCGCACCAGCGUGCGCGUGGGCGAGAUCCAGCCCAACCUGCCCGACAACCCCGAGCGCUUCACGCUCUACAACAUCGUGCUGGGGUCCCAGAGCUUCUCCUCCGGCAGGCACUACUGGGAGGUGGAGGUGGGCGGUAAGACGGCCUGGGGGCUGGGCGUGGCCUCCGAGUCGGUCAACAGGAAGGAGGAGAUCAGCCUGUGUCCGGAGGACGGCUUCUGGACGCUGGUGCUGCGGAACGGGGACGAGUACGAGGCGUGCACCGGCGCGGAGAACCUGCUGCGGUUGCCGCGGAGACCGCGGCGCGUGGGCGUGUUCCUGGACUACCCGCGCGGCCUGGUGUCCUUCUACGACGCCGGGGACAUGAGCCACAUCUUCACCUUCUCCGACCGCUUCCACCGGCCCGUCCACCCCUACUUCAACCCCUGGCCAAUCAUCAAUGGCCACAACGCAGAGCCCCUCAGCAUCGUCACCCUGCGGCCGUGACCUUGGGGACCUUGGUGACCUUGGUGACCUUGGGGGGGGGGGGGGGGGGGUGCAAAUACAAUAUCUACCUGAGACCCCACAGACAGUUUAACUUUUUCUCAUAAUGCACGUGUCUUAGGAGGAUUUAAAAGCAAUAAACCUUCAUCUGAUUCAUAUUCAUUAGAUCUGCAUGAAAACCAUGUGAUUCGAGUGGGUUGUCAGACGUGUUUAAGACUGAAGUCAUCGUGCUCAAGUGGACAAUGACUGUGACUGUACCACCACACUGUUUAUCAUUGACCCCCUGCAUCACCUUUUUUUUAAGGUGACUGAUGUCAUCAGUAUAUCAACGACACACUCGACCAUUUCACAUUUAGAUGAAUACCUCCUUAAGUCUCUACUUGCUCUCUCCUCCCAGGAUAGCGAUCCUGAAAUAGGGCGAGAUCAAAGCUAAAUGGUCCAUCAUCAUUCCAUCCCUGAUUGUGCUGCAACAUUAUUUUAAACACAAAAUGCUGAGUGAAUUUAAUCAUUUUAUCUGUGUACUAACCUGACACAUUAUACUGUAUUUAGUUCUUUAGUUCUAGGUCUAAUAUUAUAAUUCAUUGUUAUUCCGAAGCAGCUACAAAUAAAUGUUCCACUGGUAUAUGGUGUAAUAAAUAUCAAUAUUAUAUCAUAAUAUACACAGGAUAUAAUAUAAUCAUUUCAUGUAUCAGGGUGGCAGAUGGGAUCUAGGAGCAUCUGAGAUGUUUAUGGUUUUAGUCUCAUUCUGGCUCUUGCUCAUCGUGACAUCACUGGAUCCACAGUGAGGCUGAAUGAUUGCAGGUGCUGUUCUGCCGUAAGGUUCUGCCAGGUGAUGGAACUGCAGAAAGAGUGUGUCUGACAUCUAGUGGAGAAAGCUGGAACUGCAGAAAGAUUGAGUCUGACAUCUAGUGGAGAGAGCUAGAACUGCAGAAAGCGUGUCUGACAUCUAGUGGAAAGAUCUGGAACUGCAGAACGAGUGCGUCUGACAUCUAGUGGAGAGAGCUCGAACUGCAGAAAGAGUGUGUCUGACAUCUAGUGGGGAAAGCUGGAACUGCAGAAAUAUUAUGGUACUGGCUGAGUUACUUACCCCCAUCCAGAGCAGUGUAUGGCAGAUAAUAAAUAAAUAUAAAAAUGAUACAGCAGUUUCCAUCCUCCAAGGUGUCAGACGUUCAGAGUCUUAUGCUCCUGACAUCAUGUCACAGCCCUGAUGGUGCAGAUUGCUGACAUUUUGUCACAUUUCAUUCAAACUUUGGCCCAAAUUCUCAGAAAAUAUGGCUCAGUCAUUAUGCUUGUGCUAUACUUGCUGCUGGGAUAAUUAAAAACAGUCUCAUUUUUGUUCA